AUGGCAGCACGCCACGAUGUUCACAGCCACGCCCGUGAGCAGGAAGUUCCAGGCACAUACGAUCUCAAGGCUCGAGAGGGCGAGGAAACCGGAUAUGGUCAGGCGCUCUACCCAGUGCCGUCCUCUGAUCCAAAUGAUCCUCUACAAUGGUCGAAUUGGAAGAAAGGAACCAUAUUGGCUAUUGCAAGCCUCUAUUCAUUUCUUGCCAAUUCAUCCCUGUUAGGUCCGUCGGUCUACAUCGGCAUCUACAUUGAGGAAUUCCACAUCUCACCCACUGUAUCGUCUGGCCUGGUCAACUUUCCCAAUCUCUCUUUUGGAUUCGGAGCGUUGAUACUGGUUCCACUAUUCUAUAAGGUUGGCCGACGACCAAUCAUGCUUCUAUCGAUGCUACUCUACUGUGGCGGUCUCCUAGGAUGUGCACUGUCUCAAUCAUACAACUCAUUGAUGGCCUGUCGAGUCCUCCACACUUUGGGAUCCGGUAUUUGCGAAGUCAUCCCCAUUGCCUUGGUCAAUGACAUCUUCUUCAUUCAUGAGCGUGGCAAGAAACUCGGAUGGUAUACAGUCUGCCUUUGCCUCGGUUCGACUGGUCCUCUCUAUGCCGGCUAUAUGCUUGCUGGAGGUCACUCUUGGCGACUAUUCUUUUGGGUCGAAUUUGCUUUCGGUGUAGCCCUUUUCAUCGCAGCCUUUGCCUUUGUUGAAGAGACCCGCUACAAUCGCAAGGUGACUCCGUCCUCACCGAUUGAAGACUCCAAGGAGGUUACAACCACUGUCGAAGCAGUCAUUCCACGAAAGACUCUCCGACAACAGCUAAAUCCCUGGAGCGGAAUCGAUCAUGACGCACCCUUCAUUAUGAUGGCACUACGCUCAUUCACCUACUAUCUCGUUCCAGUCGCUCUUUGGGUUAAUACUACAUAUGGAGUCUUCAUCGCUAUGGGAGCUCUGACCUUCAAUCUCACCUUUCCAUACCUCAUUGUCGAGGAGCCAUACAAUUGGAGUCAAACAAAUUCUGGUCUGAUCGCCGUUGCCUCCAUGAUUGGCUUCUUCAUUGCCAUCCCUCUCACACCUGCCUCCGACAUUCUGGCCGCCAAAUUGACCAAGCGCAAUAACGGCAUUCGAGAAGCAGAGAUGCGUCUAGGGGUACUGCUACUGCCUAUGAUUGUUGCUCCCGCUGGUCUGGUCGUCUAUGGAUGUACGGCACAGUAUCAUCUACACUGGAUAGGAUACUUUUUUGGAGUCGGAAUGGCUCAAUGGGGUGCUUUCUAUUACUUUACUGGUUUGUUUCCCUAUACCAUGGCAUACGCUGUCGACUCUUACUCUGCCAGUCUCCCCGAACUAUUGAUUGCCACGAAUUUGGGCAAGUCUGCUAUCAGCUUCGGAAUGGGUUAUGGUAUUCUUGAAUGGAUUACUCAAAGGGGUUACGCCACGGUUGUGGCUGGCAUCUAUAUGGCCGUUCUACUGGCUAACAAUCUGUUUGUUAUCGUCUUUAUGAUCUGGGGCAAGAGGAUUCGCAUCUUCAUGCACAACAGCUGGGUCGGUAAACUUCAUCAAGAGUCUGCGAAGGAGUAUUAG